AUGGCAAAGGCCAGUACAACUGAAAGUCGUGUACAAGUAGCUGUUCGUGCACGUCCUCUUAAUCAACGUGAGAUUGAUUUAAAGUCACCCAUAAUCGUUUCAAUUCAUAAUUCUCAAAUUCUUUUAAAUAAACCCAAUGACAGACACAAUACACCUAAAACAUUUUCCUAUGAUUUUUGUUUCGAUUCAAUGUAUGCUAAUAGUUCGAAUUAUGCAAGUCAAGAGCAUAUAUUUCAAACACUUGGUGAAGAAAUUAUUCAAAAUGCAUUUGAAGGAUAUAAUGCAUGUGUCUUUGCUUAUGGACAAACAGGUUCUGGGAAAAGUUUCACAAUGAUGGGUACACACAAUGAUCGUGGUCUUAUUCCACGUCUCUGUCAGACAAUGUUUGAUCGUAUAUCGAAAGAAGAAAUUUCAACUGAUUUUAAUGAUGAUACAAAACAAUCGAUUGAUGAUAGUGAUGAUAGUAGUGCGGCGUUUUCUAUGAAAUUCUCAUCAUCCUAUCGUGUGGAGGUGUCUUAUUUUGAAAUUUACAAUGAAAAAGUACGAGAUUUAUUAAAUCCAAAUAACAAUCAUCAAGCGUUGAAAGUACGAGAAAAUAAAAUUUUAGGACCUUAUGUUGAUGGAUUAUCACAAUCAGCUGUGAUUUCAUAUAGCGAAAUCGAAACUUUAUUAAUUGAAGGUAAUAAUUAUCGAACUGUUGCAUCAACAAACAUGAAUAAUGAAAGUAGUCGUUCGCAUGCCGUAUUUACAUUAAAAUAUACACAAACACUGAUUAGUGACUCUACAAAAGGUGUUAAAGUAAGUAAAGUUAGUUUGGUAGAUCUGGCAGGCAGUGAGAGAGCAUCCAAAAGUGGUGCACAAGCAGAAUAUAUUCGAUUUCGAGAAGGAUGCAAUAUAAAUAAAUCAUUGUCCACACUUGGCUUAGUUAUAUCAACUCUUGCACAGCAACAAACGACAACUGAUAAAUCAAAAAAACCUUUUGUUCCUUACCGAGAUUCUGUGUUAACUUGGUUAUUGAAAGACAGUUUAGGCGGUAAUAGUCGUACGAUUAUGAUCGCUACCAUCUCAUCAGCCAAUGACAAUUAUGAAGAAACACUCUCAACGUUACGUUAUGCUGAACAGGCAAAGAAGAUUGUUAAUCAUGCCUCAAUUAAUGAAGAUGAACCGGGAUCCAUAAUUAGAGAAUUAAGAAAUGAAAUCGAUAAAUUGAGAAAAGAAUUGGCUGAUGCAAAAGAAACAAAAAAAUCUUCUGAAAAAUUGAAUGCAGAAAUCAAUGAAAACGAAAAACUUAUGCGAACAAUUACAAAAGAUUGGUAUGAACGUGUAGCUGAAACAGAAAAAAUAAGUAAAGAACGUCAUGAAAUAUUAGAAAAAGCUGGUAUAUCUGUAUGCAGUUCUGGCAUUGGCUUAGAAAAAGAUAAACUUUAUUUGGUUAAUCUUAAUCCAGAUCCAUCAUUCAAUGAACUAUUAGUCUAUUAUUUAAAAACAAGAACAAGUGUAGGCCGUCCAGAUGCAACUGUUAAACAAGAUAUUGAACUAAUAGGCGUUGGAAUAUCACCUGAACAUUGUGUAUUUGAAAUUCGAAAUCAAAAUCAAGUUUAUUUAACUUCUAUCAAUAAAUCUAAAACAUAUGUGAACGGUCAACUUAUUGAUAAUGAACGUCAUUUACAUCAUGGUGAUCGAAUUCUGUGUGGUUGUUCACAUUUUUUUCGCUUAAACUUGCCUAGCGAACGAACUUUACUGAAUAAUAGUGCAACACCGGCGAUGAACACAAUUGAUGGUUCAUAUUAUUCAUUUGUUGAUGCACAACAAGAAGUGCUUUUAAAUCAAUUGGCUGCUGAUCCGUUAACAAAAGAACUACGAUCAUUUUUGAAAGAAAGUGACAUUGAACAAGACAAGAGUCGUAUUCUAUCGAAAAAGACAUCAGAUGUCUAUGAACGAGAAAUAGAAUAUUUAAAGCAACAAUUGAUGCGUUCAAUAUCAACUAAUUUGCCAGAUCGUAAAUUAUCUCAUAAAAAUCGUGCUAUGGAAGAAUCAUUUUCUAAAUGGAGAUAUUCAAAUAUUCUUGUUAAUGAUUCGGAAGAAAGUCGUGCAUUUUUUGCUAAACUAAAACAAGAACUUAUACGUGUUAAUGCCCUUGUUUCUGAAGCAAAUACAAUAUCAUCAGAAAUGCAACGUCAAACAAUAUUUGCCGUGAUGUUACAAAUACCAGUAUCCUAUUUAAAACCAAAUGAACGAGCUGCAACAAAUUUGUGUGAACCUGCUGUACAAGUGAAACGACGAACAUUUAUACCACAAAUUUGGAAUGUAGAAAAAUUUGAAUGUAAAUUAAGUGAUAUGCGUGAAGCCUACUACGAAUGGAGAAGUGCGAUGUCUGGAAAUAAACUACCUUCAUCAAUAUCGACCAUGAAAGAUGAUCCAUUUUUCGAUGUACAAGAUUGUCAUAAUCUAAUCGGUGUAGCAAAUAUAUUUUUGAAAGCAUUAUUCUAUGAUUCAAAACUUGAUUAUCUUGUACCAAUUAUCAACACGCAAGGACAAAUAUCUGGUGCAUUACAUGUUAUUUUACUUCAAAUUGGUUCUUCACCGAUAAAAAAAUUAAAUGAUGUAAAAUCAAAUGGUAUUCGUCAGAGUUUUAGCGAUUCGAUAAGUGAUGAUAGUGUGAAUGGAAGUAGAAACGGUAGUCAGAACAGCAUGGAGCAAUCUGACGAAGACGAAGAAGAAUCGGAUGUAGCCGAUCAACAUGUACCAUCUAAUCGUAUUACAGUUAAAUUUAUUAUAAAAGAAGUUCGUGAUCUUCCACCAAGUGAAGCAGAAAGCGUAGUCUGUCGUUAUUCAUUUAUGAAUCAAAAGCAACAACAAAGUGCCUCAUCAGUGAGAAGCAAUAGAUAUGAUGAUGAUAAUAAUGGCGUACAAGGUGAUGCUCUUAAAAAGCCAAGAACAUUUGUCUUUAAUCACGAGAAGGAGUAUACAUUUACAUUGACAGCUGACUUUAUCUCAACAUGCUUAGAAAGUGCUAUAUCAAUUGAAGUUUGGUAUCAAUAUAAUUCUGUUCCAUUACCAUUUGGAAAUAAUGAUCAAGAUAGGCGUGAUGCUGAAAUACGAGCGUUAAGUAAUCGCUGGAAAGAAGUUAAACGACACGUACAAUAUGCAAUUGAAAUACAUGAAUUAGACUCAUCCGGACGAUGGGAACCAGUUGAAGUUGAUUCAUCAAAUUCAAAUAUAAUUAGUGGUGGUAUAUACAGAUUGAGACAGGGUCAAUCGAAAAGACUGGUUGCUCGUCUUCGUGUUAUACCACAAUCGGGUACAAUGCCACUAGUAUUACAUGCUAUUCGUUCAGUUGAAAUUGGUUCUAUAAAUACGAGAAAAAUAAAUGCACCAAAACAAUUAGAUUCAUAUCAAGAUGAAGAAUUACAAAAUUUGAGACAUGAAUGGCUGGAUUUAAUCGAAAAACGAAAAUCUUAUUUAGAAUCAGAAAUUAAAUUAUUGAGUCAGCAAACAAAUAAAACGCCCAAUGAUAUUGAACGUGAAACAACUUUACUAGAACAAUUAGUACGUUUGGCUGAAGAAAGAAAUUUUGCUGAAUUUCCCCCUCCAGGCUCCGGAAUACCAGGAAGUCCGCCAAUGUGGUCUCCUCCACCAACUAUUGAAGAACAUCGUCCAUUAAUCUUUCUUGAUUUGGAUCCAGUCAAUAUGAAUACAGAAAAUGAUACAGCCGGCUUACGAGCAACACUUAACGAAGAGAAGAAAAAUGAUAUGUUCAGACUUGCUCUGUUACAUCACGAUUCAGAUGAGAACAAAGCAGGUUUAGUGCAUAGGGUUCGAGGAGUAGCUCAAUGGGAUCCAUCUAUACAUGAAGCAUCUGAAUUAAAUCGUGUAACACCGAAUAAUACUUUAGUUUAUAUGAUUGUUAAAAUUAUUGUAUUAAUUUCACAACCAGUAAGAAUGGAACUGGUAUUGAGGAAACGAAUCGCAACAACAAUACAGAAAACAGAUGGUUGGUGGUCAAGUAGUAAAGCCAUGAAAUAUUUACUCGGCUAUAGAUCUUACAAACGCACAAGUGUCGUAUAUGAAAUUGUUUCAAGUAUACCAAAAUUUAUUCAUGAGAUAGAAGAUCGUAAAAGUUUAGCAUUAGUAGCUGGUUCUGAAUGUCAUUCUGGAACAUAUGUGGAAAAAUAUAUUCAAUAUGCAUCUGCAGUUGACAGUUUAUUAUUACUGGAUAAACUCAGACAAGAAGUUUCACUUAUGGAAUGUUCAACAAAACAACAACAACAACAGCAAACUAUUAGAAAAGCGACUAGUGUUCCUAACAUUAUGAAUCAACAAAAUACGGGCAAUCGAUUUACCAUUUCAAGUCCAACAUAUCAGUCCGGAUUGAACAAUGUGAAUUCUAAUAUCAAAGAUGAACACGAUGUUUCAAAAAAUUCUUCACAAUCAUUUCAUAAAGUUACUGACAAUAAUCAUCAAUCACCUAUGAAAAAAACACCUUCCAUUACUAACGAUCGACAAAAUCCAUUUUAUAAUGAUAAAUUAAGUAAUUCGUCCUUUUUAUAUCCUCAUUCGGAUUCGCCUACAUUAUCACCAUCUACCACAACAAAUCUACAUAGUCCACAAGUCAAGACGUUAAAUACACCAUUUUCACAGUUUAGUCGUUCGGAACUAAACGUAUCACAAUUCAGUACACCUAACCGACUAAAUAAUAAUGAAGAAGAAAGAACUAGAACAGAAAAACUUCAUACAAAAUUGAAGGACGAUAUGUAUGAUGAUAAAUUUGAUCAAAAAUCUACACCAUUAUCACACCUUCAUUUUGAACCAUGUACACCUAGUAUGUUAACACGCUCGUUGUAUAUUGAAAAAGAAUGUCCACAACCCGUACAAGUAUCAACUCUUUGUUUGAGACCAGAGGAUCUAUUCACAACACCAAACGAAGAAAAUGAACAAGAAUUAUUGUCCACAAGUACAUUGGAAGAAAAAUAUACAUUCCCUCCGAAAUCACAGAACACUGCACAAUUAACACCAACAUUAACAGUAGGAAACUUAAAUGAAAAUAAUAGUUCUUUAAAUGCAACCGAUAAUCGUAGAUCAGAUCAUUUAAUUAAGAAAAAUUUGAAUAAUACCAUUGAAAAUGAGCCAACAACUCCAAAUCGAUUAUCAUCAACCAAACUAGUAAUGCCAUCAGUUAUAUUCUCAACAAACGUCCAAUCGUAUCCUUCAAAUUCUAACUCACAAAGUGAAAAUAAUUCAAUCGAAUCUAAUGAGCAACAAUUAUCACAACAAAAAGAAAAUGUUUUAGAACAUGCAAUGCCGUUAUUAUCCUCAAAGGAAAUUUCUCGCCCAUUGUUAACUGGAAAGCCAAUAUCUGGAUUAAAUAUGAAAAAAGAUAUGAAUGAUUUAUUGCAAUCGGCCAUAAUAUCACCUAACGAACCGGUAGAAUUAUCCAAUGGACUCAAAGUUAUCGUUGGUCUCAAAGUUAUUAUCACAACACCAAAACAUAUUUUUAAAAAACGUGGAACAGUGAGAUUUAUUGGUACGACAAAAUUUCAAACUGGUUUAUGGUUUGGUAUUGAAUUAGAAGAACCAGUUGGUUUAAAUGAUGGAUCUGUUCAUGGUAUUCGAUAUUUUAGUUGUGCUGAAAAACGAGGCGUUUUUGUUCGUGAAGAUAAAAUAGAACCACUUGAUCAGUCUUGA